ACAUGAGGGCAGACAUGUCAUCUGUACAUUUCAUAUAGCUUCUGCAAUAUAUCUGCUCAAGUCAUCUCUGCACUCUCUUAUUCUCCUCCCCCUGGCUCAGUGAUUCACCCUCCCAUCGCUUCUCUCACACACAAAGGACUGCUUCGUUAGGGAUCCUGAGGAUGUUUUUGCUACAUAUGGAUUAUUUUAGCUAUAAAACACAUAUGAAUUUAUAAACAACAGGCAGUGUGGAUUAUAAAGGAUCUAUGAUACAGCAAAUAUCAAGGAAACAUUGUAAGAUAUGGACAUCAGAGACUGCUGUCUGUGUUGGAAAUGGCAAGUAGCUUUCUCCCUUCUCCUUUGUAGCUGGGGCUGGGUCUCUGGGCAGCUUCGUUAUUCUAUUGUGGAGGAGUCUGAUCCAGGGACAUGGGUAGGAAAUGUAGCUCAGGAUCUGGGAAUAAAACGUGCAGAGAUUUCUCUGCGCAGAUUACAUUUAUCAUCUGUGAAAUACCAAAAAUAUUUUACUAUAAGUAGGGAAAAUGGGGGUUUGGCUAUUAAUGACAGGAUUGAUAGAGAGCUUAUGUGUGGAUCCAGUGUGCAUUGUGUGCUAAGUCUAGAGGUGGUUGCUGAAAACCCUUUAGAGUUUUUCAGCUUAGACAUAGAGAUUCAGGAUAUCAAUGAUAACUCCCCAAUAUUUUUAUCUAAUAAACGCAAUAUUGAGAUUACAGAGUUAAUUGCAAGUCCUGGUGAUAGGUUUUCCUUAGAUAUUGCUAAGGAUUUGGAUGUGGGUAUUAAUGGUGUUAGUCAGUACAUAUUAAAUACAAAUCCUUAUUUUUCAUUGUCUGUAAAGAAUCGUAAGGAUGGCACUCUCAUCCCUCAGCUGAUAUUAGAGAAGGUGUUAGAUAGGGAGGAGAAACAAGAACACAAUCUUAUUCUCACUGCUAUAGAUGGCGGAGAACUGUCUAGAUCAGGAUCCUGUCAUAUCACAAUAACAGUGUUAGAUAUUAAUGAUAAUCGACCAGUCUUUGAUCGACCAGUAUACAAGAUCAAUCUAAGGGAAAAUAUCCCUUUAAAUACGGUUAUAUUAACUUUAAAUGCUUCAGAUCUGGAUGAGGGAGAAAAUGGUGAAAUACUGUAUUAUGUUGAUGAACACACAUCAGAAUCUGCUAGAGAAAAAUUUGCUCUGAAUGAACAGAAUGGUCAGAUUUAUAUUAAUGGAUCUGUUGAUUUUGAGGAAGUACAUUUUUAUGAAAUUUCCAUCAAAGCAGUAGACAAAGGACUCCCUAAACUGGAAGGUGACUGUGUGGUUCAUAUAGAAGUAGAAGAUGUAAAUGACAAUUAUCCUGAGAUUUCUUUUGCUUCCAUGGCAAAUGAGAUUCCAGAAAAUGCUCCUUUGGCAACUACUGUUGGAUUUAUUAUUGUGGUAGAUAAGGAUUCUGGGAAAAACGGAGAGAUACAACUGGAUGUAACUCCCAAUAUUCCAUUUAAAAUCAGAUCUAUAAAAAAUCGUUAUUUAUUGGUCACUGAUGGAAUUUUGGAUAAAGAAAAAUUAUCUCAAUACUCUAUAGAACUGACAGCUUCUGAUUUAGGAUCUCCAGUUUUGUCUAGCAAGACAACUGUCAUUCUCAGGGUUUCUGAUGUGAAUGAUAAUGCACCAAUAUUUUUACAGUCUACUUAUAAUGCUUUUAUUAAGGAAAGCAGUGACCCAGGAACUCUUCUGUGCACCGUGUCUGCUACUGAUGCAGAUGAGGGGGUUAACGCUGAUCUGGUAUACUCUGUAGUGGAAACCCAGAUAGAUGGAUCAUCUGUAUCUUCUUUUGUUUACAUAAAUUCUAAUAAUGGUGAUAUAUAUGCUCAGCGUUCCUUUGACUAUGAGCACAUUCAGAUUCUACAAAUUACAAUGAAAGUAGAGGAUUCUGGAUCUCCAAAGUUACUUUCUACUGUCCCUGUCUUUAUAUUCAUAUUGGAUACAAAUGACAAUUCCCCCACCCUGUUGUACCCAGAACACUCUGAGGAUCUCAUUGUCCAAGAGAGGAUUCCAAAAUCUAUAACUGCUGGAUAUCUGGUGACAAAACUGACUGCAGUUGAUCUGGACUCCGGUCACAAUGCCUGGUUGGCCUUUAACCUCAUUGACCCUGGUAGUUCUUCUCUAUUCCAAGUGUCUAAACAUACAGGAGAGGUCAGGACUGUACGAGGAUUUCAGGAAACAGAAAAUACAGAGCAGCAAAUUAUCAUUUCUAUUAUUGACCAUGGGGAUCCCCCAUUAUCUACUACUAUUACUGUACUUGUAAGUAUAGCAGAUGAUGUUGUAGUAGAAAGACCCAAAUCUGGAGAUUUCCUCAGAAAUUCCAAACCCCCAUCAGAUAUGACUUUAUAUUUAAUUGUUUCUCUUGUGGCUAUCAGUUUAGUUUCCCUUGUGACUUUCUUCAUAUUAUUAGUGAAAUGUCUAAGAAAGGAAAGUUAUGGUUAUAGCAGCAGUUGCUGUUAUCUUAAUGGAUCUGAAUCAAAAUCAUACAUGGAUCAGUAUCAGCCAGCUCUUUUCCUGAACACAUGGAACCCUAAAAUACAUGGAGGUCAGGAUGGUUCCUCCAGGGGUACAAGGACAAUGUUAUCAAACUAAUGUGCCCCCAGCCCCACAACAGCGGGAUUCUGCUUUUCUUCAGGCUCUUGAUUUUCCCCAGUUACGGGAACUAGUUAAAGACAACGAUAC